AUGGUGACAUGUGUGGCAAGAAAAGUGAAUUCAUUGCGCAAGGCACACACUCCUGUUGAAAUACUGAAAGUUGUUACUCCGGGACUUCUAAAGACGCCAAUAAAGGAAUUUGAAAUUAAGAUUCCACAAAAGGUUGAGGUGAUUCACAGUAGUAAACAUUAUAUUGUUGUGAACAAACCACCUUUUGUCCUUUCGCAACAACCUGAUAAGAAAUCUUGGUAUAAGAAUCAUAAUUAUAGCCCUCCAAUUAUUGUAAAUUUACUUCCUAAGGUUCUUGAGUCAGAAAAUGCAAAAGACAUACACUAUAAACUUCCUGUGAGAUAUUAUACAGUCCAGAGAUUAGAUUCAUGUGUAACGGGAGGGAUAGUGUUGGCAACCGACAAGUAUGCGGCGAAGAUGUUUAGUAGAAACUUAAGAGAAGGUGGGAAUGCAGGCUUUCCUUUAUCUAGAAAAUACGUUGCCAAGGUUCCUCAUUUGACGAAUAACGAGCGUUUUCAUCAUGGUCUUUUUAAAUUAGAUGGGGCUAUCUCAUACCUCCGUAGAGUGGAUGAAAAUCACUUCAUUGUACAAUUGAUUACCGGAAAGAAACAUCAGGUCCGGAAAUUAUUCAAGGAAGCUCUCGAUAAGCCAAUCUACAACGAUUAUAAAUAUGGUGGUGAUAUGAUUUUGAACAAAGGACUUCAAAUUACUUUGCAUUGUGGGUACAUAAAGACACAAGUUGGAAUGCAACUUCAAGAGCACAUAAUACCAAUUCCGGAAGGGUUCAGACUAAUUUGGGGAGAAAGUAUUGACGGUAAUGGAAUAUUCGGUCAAAAUAUAAUCGAUAUGUUGAGACAGGACUGGAGUUCUGAAAUUAAGGUGUGUUUGAAGAAGUUGAAACAACAGGAAGAGAAGUCACCAAAUAAUCGAUUAAUCGUUGUAACAUGA